GUUUUUUUUUGGAAUUUUAUCAGGUUUUUUUUUUGGAAUUUUAGGUAUCAGUUCCAUAACCACCAAAACAAGAUGUGCUAGUUCAAAGAGUUGCCAUUUGGGGCAAGUGCCGAAGAGAAGGGAGAAGCCUGCAGAGAUGGGAGGAGCAGUGAAGGAAGAAAGACGGAAUCGUAAAAGGAAGAGAGAGAAGCAGCGCCGGAAACCUGCCGCCGAUUCAUCUUUGCUCCCUAGCGGCGAUAAGAACAAACCCGUCGCUGCAACUUUGAUUUCCGUCUCCCGGAGCAAAACAAUCUCUAAACCCAACAACACUUCAUCUUUUAUCGAUAAGAUGAGGGCGAGAUUGUCAGGGGGACAUUUCCGUAUGAUUAACCAGAAGCUCUAUACUUGCUCCGGAGACGCGGCACUGGACUAUUUCAAAGAAGACCCACAGUUGUUUAGUGUGUAUCAUGCAGGGUACCAAGAACAGAUGUCGCAUUGGCCUGAACAGCCAGUUAAUAUAAUUAUAAAAUGGAUCAAAGAUCAUGAUCCUUCGUUAGUUGUGGCUGACUUUGGCUGUGGAGAUGCACGACUCUCAAGAAAUGUGAAGAACAAAGUUUUCUCUAUUGACCUCGUAUCACACGAUCCUUCCGUUAUAGCAUGUGACAUGGCAAAUACACCUCUUGAUUCCUCCUCCGUGGAUGUUGCCGUCUUUUGCCUUUCGCUGAUGGGAAUCAACUAUCCAAGCUAUCUUCAAGAAGCUCAUCGGGUUCUUAAGCCCAGUGGAUGGCUCUUAAUAGCUGAGGUCAAAAGCAGGCUUGAUCCGAAUACCGGGGGAGCAGACCCUGGGAAGUUCAUAAAAGCUGUAUGUGACCUCAGAUAUUCCUGUGUCAAGAAGGAUUUCUCCAACAAGAUGUUUGCACUCUUCUACUUCAAGAAGAAAAAGGAUAAGCAAAAUGUGGAGGGAAGGAAAAUUGAUUGGCCUGAACUGAAACCUUGUAUGUACAAGCGUCGCUGAAUUAGGGCCAUCUCGGUGCAAAACGAGUUCUUGCUUAGAACCUUUCCGUGAAAGGGUUCCUAAUUCCCAAUCCACGGAGAGGUUUCUUGGCAUUGGUGUGUUUUCUUGGAGUUCUGAUAGUGGAUUCUUUUACAGUUUGGGUACAUUUAAUGCUCAGUUCAUUACCACUACUACACUAUAUUGUUGUUAAGCAGAAAGCUCUUCGUUAGAGCAACUCCAAUGAGAGGGGUAUAGGAAAGGGUAAAGAGGAAUAUUUGUGAUAUAUACCUCUUUUCAUUAAAAAUCAUUCUCCAAUGUGAGAGGUAAACAAGAAGCUAUUAUACCUUCUUCAAUUUUGAAGAUGUAUCAAAAAUGCCAUUGAAGAUGGCAUUUU